AUGCAGUACGUCAGGAGUCUCGGCGACUCUGUCUCUACCGCGUGGAACUCCAUCAACCCUGCGACUCUCAGCGGUGCCAUCGACGUGAUAGUCGUUGAGCAGGAAGAUGGAACCCUUGCAUGCUCUCCCUUUCACAAGGUCGAAUUCAGGGUCAAUGGCGUCAAGCAGGACUAUGCCAUGAAGCUGGGCGACGGAGGCGAGGCCUUCUUCGUCUUCGAAACCACAGACACCAUUCCCCAGAGCAUGCAGACGUCGCCCAUCGUGUCGCCCGCCUCCAGCCCUCCGCUUAAUGCCGAGCAGUCAGGGCCGCUACAGGAACCAGAAUUGCUCGAUCUGAACUCGGUAGAAGGCAAGACCCGUUCAUCGAGCUUCAACCACAGGCCACCUCCUGCAGCUCUGCUAGCACGAGACGGGUUACUCACACCUCGUUCCGUAUCACCAGACCCUAUCAAGGGUGAAUGGUCCCCGUUUCGCCCACAUAGCGAUGGACUUCUUCGGCAGUCAGCUCGAAGAAUGCCAAGCGAUGGCAGCACUCAUGAAGGUUCAGAAGAAGGCGAUAGCCACACCGAAAGAUCCCGUAGCCCGCCGCCGCUUACACCACCCGAAGCUCUUCAGAGGGCAAUGAACCUCUCGCGAGAGCUUGCCGCCGCCAACAUCCCUAACCACAUCAGCGAGACCGGAGAUCUCAUGUUGGAUAUGGCGGCGUUCAAGAAUAAUGAAGAAGAUGCCUUCCGGGCCGAGAUUCUUGCGCGCAAGAUUCUCACGGAGGAGCUUGAUGGCAACUACGACAUCGGCGCACUCUUCGGUGUUGACGAGCAUGGAAACCUUUGGAUCUACAGCAGCAUUGCGGCGAAGGAGGCUGCCAUGAAGAGGACGAUGGACCCCCUACGCUCUGCGUCCCAUAUGGGCAACAUCGAUGCUGCUUCCGAUCCUGGCUACCAGAGCGACGCUAGCGACACCUCAGCCGCCACGACUCUACCGAGUCACAGGAGAGCUGACUCUGAUGUCGGCCAGAUGACCCUGCAGACGCCCCCAAGCUCUCCCGGCACUUCGGCAGCGGGUGACCCCAAUAGAAACUACGCAAAGACCUUGCGCUUGACUAGCGACCAGUUGAAGGCUUUGAACCUGAAGCCCGGCGAGAACUCGAUGAGCUUCACCGUUAACAAGGCUACCUGCCAGGCUUACAUGUUCUUGUGGAAGCACGAGGUGCCCGUGGUCAUCUCGGAUAUCGAUGGAACCAUCACAAAGUCAGAUGCACUUGGCCAUGUGCUGAACAUGAUCGGGCGCGACUGGACGCAUGCUGGCGUAGCCAAGCUAUAUACUGAUAUUGUAGCCAACGGGUACAACAUCAUGUAUCUGACAAGUCGAUCCGUCGGUCAGGCCGACACGACACGAACAUACCUAGCAGGUAUUGUCCAAGACGGGUACCGUCUCCCACGCGGACCUACGAUUCUAUCACCCGAUCGAACCAUGGCGGCUCUCCGCCGUGAAAUAUACCUCCGCAAACCCCAUAUCUUCAAGAUGUCCACGCUUCGUGACAUCAAAAACCUUUACGGGCCCGAUCGUACACCCUUCUACGCCGGAUUCGGCAACCGUUUUACGGACCAGAUCUCGUACCGCACUGUCGACGUGCCUCGCAACCGCAUCUUCACCAUCAACUCCAACGCCGAGGUGUCGCUCGAUCUGCUCAGUCUCAACAAGCUCAAGCUCAGCUACGUCAACAUGACCGAGGUUGUCGACCACUACUUCCCGCCUGUAACCACGCUUAUCAAGGGCGGUGGUGAGGAUUACACGGAUUUCAAGUAUUGGCGUGACCAGCCCCUGGAUCUCGACGAGUUCUCUGCCAGUGAUACUGAGGAUGAGGGCAGUGGUAGCCGAAAGAUAACUGCUCCAGCUGUUGUCGAUGAUCACGAAAGUGAGUACGAGGAUGACGACGACGAGGAGGUUGGUGAUGGUCUUGUGGACAGUUACAUCUCCAGGGACUCGGUGGAUGAUUACGAGGAGGGAAGUGUGGCGAGCGAGGACGAGGAUUACGAUGGAGAGUAUGACGGAGAGGACGAUGAGGAGGUGGAAGAAGAAGAAUAUGAUGAGGAAAGCGCGCACGAUCAUAUGGCCGAUUCGGCUAUGAUGGACAGCGUGUAUGUGGAUGCGGAUGCUCAUGGUGAGAUUGCUGGGGAAGAGGAAGUUGAGGGAGCAGAGGAGGCUGAUGAUGUUCAGGAGAAGGAGAUGGUCAACGAGGAAGAACAAGACGAUGGAGGGCUCGGCGCCGAGGAAGAGGAAGGACUCAGACGGGCCGCUGCCGACCUCGAGCAGGCAAUGAAGGAGCAGAAGAAGAGGGAGCCAAGCAACGCCCAGCUGCAAGUGCCCGUCGAGCAGUCUAAGGACAGGUCAAGCUCGGCUUCGCCCAAGGUGGUUGAGCCGGAUGCGGAUGCUGAGAUGAUCACUGGGAUUAAGGAUCUUAGUGUCGAGAAGGAGGUCAGCAGCUCGAACUAA